AUGGCGACGCACGGCCGGUGCAUGACGUCAGCCGGUGGGUUGUUGCACAUGCGCCAUUGCCUAAUCGUGUUUGCAUGGCUGACGAUCGUUCUACAGCAUCCCGGUGCAGAAUGUCAGGAUCUCAACACACCACCGGUGAUUGUGGUAGACCGCCACUGGCAGAUACCGGAAAACACGACCGUCGGCACGUUGAUCACUCGCGUCAAGGCCCAGGACAACGAGAACGACAAGCUCGAGUUCGGGCUGGACGCGCUAGUCCCCGGUCAGCAACAACCGUUCGAGAUCGAUCCGAAUACCGGGCUAGUAUAUCUGAAUCAAAGCGUCAAAGGACGUGCGGAUCAAAAUUUCUUCGUCUAUGUCACUGUCAGCGAUGGCAGUGUCACGUCCAAGAACGAGGUGUUCGUAAACAUUGUCAGCAAGAAUGCCACUGGGCUGUACAAUACCCGUGGCUCACAGUUCAUACCAAACAUGGAGAAUAUCCGCCAGAUCCUGCCAUCCAGCUUUAACCUGCCAGGUAUCGGUUCACGGCCACAGAUUCCCAUAUCACAGCUCCCACCGGAGUUCACCAGACGUCCACCGACGAUCGACCAAGAAGUGGCAAGUGUCCCUGUUACGCCACCGUCUUCGGUGCCUACCAAACAGACCAAAACCUACCCGGACCGACCUGUUCCUGUCGGGAAUCACGGUCUUGGAGCUCCCAUCAGUGGGUACGCUGCCAAUGGAGUUCUACUGACUCCUAAUGCUCGACCACCAUAUCCAACUACGGCUCAUCCACCUAGUGUUACGGAAAGACCGGCGUUGACCACCUCUACGACAGUGACUCCGAUUCACGCUCAUGCACACCCGCACGAGGAGACGAACACGGUGAAAAUAUUGCUCCCGGUUAUCAUCUCCGUCGCGAUCAUCUUCGUGACCGCCGGGCUGAUCGCGAUCUGCUUCUUCCGCAAGUACCUGUGCGCGCUCAGCAAGACCCUGAAGAAGAAGAACAAAAUCGAUAAAGCCAAAAAGUCAAACCAAAGCAAUCUCAGCAGCAACAUUACCUCGACCACCGAGGACAGUCGCAACUCGAUCGGGUUGAGCCACUGGACGGGCCCGAUGGCGUUCAGCAACCGGUACACGUCACCUUGGGAGCGUGACGCCGGUGGACAUCUGCAGGCCACCUCGCAGUUGUCGGAGGAAUCGAACGGUUCGAUCGCGAAGGAUCGCUGGGAGUUCCCGCGCCAUCGGCUGAAGGUAUUCAACAUCCUGGGUGAGGGCGCGUUUGGGCAGGUAUGGCGCUGCGAAGCCACCGACAUUGAUGGACACGAGGGAAUCUCGGUGACUGCGGUAAAGACACUCAAGGAAAAUGCCAGCGAAGCCGAACGAAACGACCUGCUUUCCGAGCUGCAGGUGCUCAAAUCGCUCGAACCGCACAUAAACGUGGUCCGUCUGCUCGGUUGCUGCACCGAGAAGGAUCCGAUCUUCGUUAUACUCGAGUUUGUCAACAUGGGCAAACUGCAAACCUUCCUACGGAACUCACGAGUGGAGAAACACUAUGGUAAUACUCAUGGCAAGUCGAAGAUUCUAACCUCUGGAGACCUCACGUCGUUCAUGUUCCAAGUUGCUCGCGGCAUGGAUUUCCUAACGUCACGUGGGAUCAUCCACCGUGACCUGGCUGCGCGGAAUAUCCUUAUCACCGAGGAUCACACGUGCAAGGUGGCGGACUUUGGGUUCGCGCGAGACAUCGUCACGUCGAAGGUGUACGAGCGAAAGAGCGAAGGUCGGCUUCCGAUCCGCUGGAUGGCAACGGAGUCAUUGUACGACAAUAUUUUCACCGUCAAGUCCGACAUUUGGAGCUUCGGCAUACUGAUGUGGGAGAUCGUCACGCUUGGAUCUACGCCCUAUCCAGGCAUUGCGGCCGCGGACGUGAUGCGCAAAGUGCGUGACGGCUACCGGCUAGAGAAGCCGGAACACUGCCGCCGGGAGCUGUACAACAUCAUGUUUUACUGUUGGGCGGGUGAUCCGAACGAGCGGCCCGGUUUCCCGGAGGUGGUCGAGAUGCUCGAUCGGUUGCUGCAAACCGAGACGGACUACAUCGAGCUGGAGCGGUUUCCCGAUCAUAACUACUACAAUAUGCUCAAUAUGAGUGGCGAGAAGCUGUGAACGUGGCUGCCGACCUUCUUGCUGUUAAAGGCUGUCGAAAGCACACUUUUAUGCAUAUACUCAGUAAAAACAAUCAUGCAAGAUGGAUAGUCAAUAGCCAGCUCCAUGAACGAGCGAUAAAAACAAAGCCCAACCCCAGCAACAGUUGGUUGUGAUAAGGAUGCGCUACUUUCCGUUCUUCAAGGUUCGAAAUUAUUUAUGAACAACACGGGAUAAAGCAGAGGAAAAGCCUAUAGCUCAUGCGUUUCAACUCACCCUGCCUGACAAGUCGAGGCACGGUUUGACCUGAUUUUAAGCAUUAUUUCUAUGUACAUAUUUACGAAGCGUGAACUGAUUUCCACCGUUCAUCGUACUCUGUUUCAUUUUGUUCUGUUUGAUUCAGAAUGAGCGCGCGCCGUCCUGACAAUUUUCGUUGUAAGCAUUUAGAGUUCAGCGUUAAAUAAAAGCGUCUAUGAAAUAGU